CCAUGGCAGGCCAGCAAAGAGUUCAAAAUUACCUGGACAGGCACAGGAUUAGCGCACUAUUUGAGGAUCUGAUGGCGAGGCUGAUAAAGAACACCCCUCAAGAGCCAAUCCCUUAUCUUAUCAGGAUUCUACAAAAGUUUGAUGACAAAUCAAAGAAACCAUUCCAGGAAAAUCCCCUGGCCCCGAAGACAAAGCCCCUGACACCAGGACUGUCAAAGACUCCCAGGGUGCGACCCAAGGAUCCCCUGACGCAGAGCACCUCCUCGCUUCGGAAGAACCCACCCCUGUCAAGGAGCACUGGACACCUAAGCAGAUCCACCUCCAACCUAGCCAAGGAGCCCUCGGGAGCCAAGGGAGGAAGCCCCUCUUCACCUGGCUAUGCAUGGCAACCUGGAACUGCUCCCCGUGGAGCGGAUAGAGGCCAUCAAAGACCGUGGGUCUCAAAUACAAUGAAAGACAAGCCUGUUGCAGGUAAAUUUGGGGAGGAUAGAGGGUAUGAACGACCCUGGAUAGCAAACAUGAAGAAGAUCAAGUAUGAACAGGCCCAAUUGAAAGCUCGAAAGUUGCGUAAGAGUUCAAGUACAGGAGGAGAAGCGGAGGGUUCCAGCAAGUCGACCCCUUCCAGUGAGGCUGACAGUAUGGAUGUUGAUCAGAUCUUUGAGAUGACUCAGGACAAACCUCCUGUUAGACCUAAGACAUUGUUCAGCAAUCCAGCUUCACAGGCAUGGGUAGAUCCGGACCCCAAGCCAUAUCAGCCCCCUCCUCCCAAGCCCUAUCAACCCCCUGAACAGGUGGAAGAGGCCUUCCUAGCAGAGGAAUUAUCAGCUGAUAAACUCAUGAAACGAUACGAGAAGGAGUCGCCAAAGACGGACUCUGUGGAAUCGGAAAAGAAGAAAAUAGAGCAGAGAAGAGCUAAGCCUGAUCAGAAGGCAAAGAAACACAAGGAAGAACUGGCGGCAUUGGUAGAGGCACAGCGGAAGGUGGAGACCUUGGGGUAUCUCGAUAGCGGAGGAGAGGCGGACGAUCCAGACCAGGGAGGGUAUGAAGAGGCUACCGACGUCCUCGAGGAUGUUAGCGAUCUGAUGGACGAAGGGGUCACAAAUGUCAAGAGCACAGGUCAAAAGGUUCGUCGAAGACCACCCCCUGCUCCUCAAGUAAAAGUUGGAGUCUGCAGCCGGUGUGCAAAUGUUGUAGGAGGUGGGGACGGAGCCAGUACAGCUGCAGGUUUCACCCAAGGGUACGGUGCCUACGCAAGCAUUGACAGCUCUAGCGAGGUAUCAUUCAGCUCAAGCUCGGACUUUGAGAGCGCUUCACAAGUGACUGGACCAAGACCAAUGGCAUGGGAAGGAACAACAGAUGAUGUUCAUUCUGUCAGACCUGGCGCAACACGUAGUAUGACACAUGACCAAGCGAGUGAGUUAUUCCAGAGUUCAUCCCAGUAUAAGAGCGGAGGUGCUGAAGGUAGUAGCUCAUAUCAUGUACAGACGAGCAGAGAGGUUAGAUCAUCUCAGAGAUGGGAAUCAUCAUCAUAUACAUCAGAGGUUGAGAGACGAGUAACGGGCACGGAAUCACUGCUGGACAGAGGGCGCUCUUGGGCUCAGCCAGGUUCCGAUGAUGAUUCAAGUGUCUAGCUGCAGAUGAGAAAUUGCCUUUUUUUUGGAUUAGGACCAUUUUCAAAUAUAAAUAUUUUUUGUCUGCUUUUGUAGAGGUAUUGUGGAUCAGUUGUCUGAUAUUGAAUGAUUUGAAUCACAUGGUCCGGGGUUCAAAUCCCACUGCUACACUUGAAUCAUCUGGCAAAAUAUUCAUCUACAUUUGCCACUCUCCACCCAGGUGUAGGACAUGGGUACCUGGUAGGAAUGAGUCUUUUGAAUUCUGGAGUACCUGUUCAGGGAAGCCAUGUCAAAGCAAGGGUAGUGACACAGUUAGUGCUCAGAAACAUUUACAGACUACUGUGUAAAUUGCAUAUUUUUAUUAUUUAUUUUUGCUGAAACGAUCGUCCAUGUUGCCACUGUAUUAUCAUAUGCUGCAUUCCUUUUCUAGAAGGCCAACUGAAGCUUUCUCUUGUCAUUGGCAUGGAAUUACAAAGCAAUGACUUCAAGAACGCACCAAAAUGUGUUUGUACAGUACAAGUUUUGUCUUUCUCUAUGAGAACCGUUUUUACUUUGACUACAUGUACUUACACAAUAUACGGUUAUCCCUCCUCCUGUUAAUCUACUUAUGAAAUCUUCUCCUUCAUUUUCCUCAAGUACAAACAAUUUCAAGUCUUGUCUUUCUUUAUUUGAAAUGUUUUUUCUUAAAAGAUUGACUACAUGUACUUAAUACACAAGAUUUGGUUGUCGCUCGGCCUGUUUAUGUACUUAGUGAAUAUUCUACUUGUUGUAACUCAAAUUGCCUUUUAAAAAUAUGUUUUUAUCAUGUAUUUUUUAAAGAUAAAUACUAGUUGUGGUGACAAACACAAAAUGAGUUCGAUCAGAAUCCAAUAAAAUGACAACCCAAGUGUUUGUAUUGAUGAAUAAUAUGGAAGGGGUUGUUGUCUUCAAAAUAUUGUGAUUUUGCAAUUAAUAGUCCCAUGUGCUGUAGACUAGUCUUGAUAUUUGUAUACAUCUUGAUAAAGGGAUGAAAUGAAAGUUUUGAUGUUUGGUUGGCAUCAGGCAGGACAGAGCACCAUCGUCAAUCCUUCUUUCCAAGGACGAUCAAGGCAUGGAAUACUCUUCCUCCCAACAUAAUCAAUGCCUCUUCUCCAAAAGCCUUCCGCCUGAGACUGGCGGAAGGCCAGAGCUAAAUCUGAUGGGACUUUUUACUUGCACCUGUAUAUAUUUUGCACUGCACACCUAAACCUGGCCAUACACACAUGUCAAAUAAACCAUCUGCAAGAAUCUUCAAUCCUGAAGGAGGCAGAUUUAACCCGAAGAAGGCUGGCCAUUUGAUCAUUAUUGGAAUUGAGAUUAUUUUGAGGUAAUCUGUGUACAGUUUGAUCCUUUGCAUAGUAUUUGUUGUAAAGUUAAGGUUACAAACAUCUUUGUCAGUCUGUUGGGUGGUUUAGAUUGUAAGACUACCUGAUCAAACUGGUGCAUUCUGGGUAAGGAGCCAGGAACUGAUUAAGCAAUUUAAGACUUGAGAUGAUGCUAUUUAAUUGCACAGAGUCAUGUUGGCUUUAAAUCAUUUUAAAAAUGGUUUACCUUUUUAGCCUCUGGAUAGCUAUUGAAUCUGAAAUAUGAUACCGAGUAUGUUUUUUUUAUAGUUCAUUCCUAGUCGCAUACAUUUCUUUGCAUGACUCUGUGUAUAGAUGCAUGUACAGGCAAGAGUGUUAUCUUGCAUGUCUUAUGUGUAUUUAGUUUUAUUUUCAGUAAUAUUUCAGUUCCAUAUUAAUACAGCUAAAUCGAAAUCUAGUUCUUAAUGAUUUAGCAUUUGUUAAGAGGAAAUAUGUGGGAAAAAAGAGAAAAUGUAUAUAUAUAGAGAGAAUAUAUAAAUGAAAGUAGUUUGAAUUGUGUUUAAAGUGAAGCAGUGCUAUUUUUAUGUAAGAAAUGAUUAAAAUACACACCUCAUAAAAAUGGUAGGGGAGGGGUUGAGGAUCUGGAGAUACAUGUUUUUAAAUGCAAUUAUAGAUGAUAAGUGAAACACACUUGAAAAGGUUGGUUCCACUUUUUUUUUAUUCGCAUAAAAAUAAAUGUACUUAAAGAAGAUCAGUGAAACACAUUUGAAAAGGUUCCACUUUUUUAUUACAUCAUUCAUAUAAAAGUGAAUUAACUUGUGAACAAGGAGUAUUUUUUUUCUCAAAAAUUUAAAAUCUGUCAUUCAUUAUGACAAGCUACAUAUAUAUGAUUAAAAAGUUUAGGAUCUGCUUUUCAAACUCUGAUUACGGAAUUCAAAAAUUCAUUUUGGCUGAGUUAUGGUGGGUUUUGGGGCUGAUGGUCACACGAUUGUCAUGUAAAUAAUAUAUAUGUAAUUCUGUGACACUUUUUUUUAAGCAUGUUAAUACAAUCAUGCAUUUUUGAUUACCAUUUGAUGAGAUUCUUUUCUAUUAUCUUGUUAUUAAAGUCAGAUUAUGUAAUUGGACUUAGCCAUGUAUGAUUGCCUGUCUCAAUUUAUAUACAAAUAAAUUCUAAUUGAUCUUUUUUAUCAUCCAAUUAAAGGA